AAUGACAACUGUUUAUGUCCUGUAUGUUCUUUAGAGGAACAAUUCACAAAGAAUAAAGAUUCAAGGCCAGAUCUUCAUCCCAACGGCAGGGGGCAAGCUGGGGGAGAGGCCGUCCACUGCGUCAGUGCAGGUAUGCAGCUGUAUCCUGAGACUGAAGGGGAGUCUGGGGUGCAGAGCGUACAUGAACCCUGCAAGGACCACUGCCAAGACCACCACCAUGUACAUCAAGAGGGACAUCAUCAGGAGUGUCUACAGCAGUGCCAAAAACUUCUUUGACCAUCUGAUAAAUGAUGAAAACUCAGCGAAGGCAUUCAUGGGCUCCCAGCCCUUGGCUAAGCGGGUGUUCUUCCUGGUUCCCGACACUGGCAUCUCUCUGUGUGACUACAUACUCUCCUCUGAGACGGAGGCAGCUGUCCAGGAGAGGGUGAGGGAGUGGGCAGGCUUCACCAUCCCUGAUGGGCAGCUCCAUAUCACCCAGCAGCUGGUACAGGGCAGGUUGGAGUGGCACCAAGAUUCAGAGGAAGGCAUGGACAGCACCUGGGUCCCGGUGUACAAGAUCCAGCAGAGGCGCAAAAUCACCAUGGGUGUGGCAGUGGCUUCAGGAGUCUCCCUGGUGGCCUGUCUCGUCUAUAGGCUCUUCCUAGAAGAGUGACGAUGUGGCCCACGGAGUCAAGCGGUUCAAUCCCAGGAUCUGGCAUGCAAAGGGCAUCAGAACAUCCCUGGGAUUCCCAUAAAUUAAAGGGGCCUGUGCAAUGACAUGGAAGUUAAGAUGUGUUUUUUCCAUUUCUAUUAACACAUUCCAGUAACAGAUGACAGUGUGUCUAGGAAUACACUUCCUGGGUUCAUUGUUAGAGGGGCCCAUUCAUAUUUGCGGCGUGAGACAGCAAAGUCACAUGGAAGGAGAAAUGUAUUUUCACGUGAGAUCAGAGCCACCAGCUGCUAUAGUUUUACACUCUAAAGGGAGCAUCAUGCCCCAGACCGGGUCCUCAGCCCUGUGUAAUGCCUCAUGAUGUGACGUCUUAGUGGGGUUUUGUGUGGGUCGACUAGAGUGUUGCAGCUGGUGCCAUGAAUCAAAGCUCACAGCGCAAACUGAGAAACAUCCUACCCAAUAAACAGAGAGAGAGAGAGGGAUGAGGGCGCUUAUUAUAACUACUGUAGGUAAAUAUUUGUGUUAGCUAAUCUCAUUCUCGGAAGUCUCGGGAAAUCAACAGCGCCUCUUCAAACUCAGGAGGCUGAAGAAAUUUGGCUUGUUAACUAAAACUCUCACAAACUUUUACAGAUGCACAAUUGAGAGCAUCCUGUUGGGCUGUAUCACUGCCUGGUAAGGCUAUUGCACCGCCCACAACCGCAGGGCUCUCCUGAGGGUGGUGCGGUUUGAAGAACGCAUCACAGGGGGCAAACUACCUGCCCUCCAGGACACCUACAGCACCCAAUAUCACAGGAAGGCCAAAAAGAUCAUCAAGGACAACAACCACCCGAGCCACUGCUUGUUCACCACGCUAUCAUCCAGAAGGCGAGGUCAGUACAGGUGCGUCAAAGCUGGGACCGAGAGACUGAAAAACAGCUUCUAUCUCAAGGCCAUCAGACUGUUAAACAGCCAUCACUAACACAGACAGGCUGCUGCCUACAUACAGACUUCAAAUCAUUGGCCACUUUCGUAAAUGGAACACUAGUCACUUUAAUAAUGUUUACAUAUCUUGCAUUACUCAUCUCAUAUGUGUAUACUGUAUUCUAUACUAUCUAUUGCAUCUUAGCCUAUGCACUCUGACAUUGCUCAUCCAUAUAUUUAUAUAUUCUUAUUCCAUUCCUUUACUCAGAUUUGCAUUAUUAGGUAUAUGCUGUGGAAUUGUUAGAUAUUACUUGUUAGAUAUUGCUGUACUGUCAGAACUAGAAGCACAAGCAUUUCACUAUACUCACAAUAACAUCUGCUAACCAUGUGUAUGUGACCAAUACAUUUGAUUUGAUUUGAUCUAUAAUGGGAAUUCAUGCAUAGCCCAUUGUCUAAACAAAAAUGUAGCAGUUGGUAUAGUGCUACUGUGUUGACUUUAUGGAACGUUAUAGGUCUUAUUUUGUUUGUGGCUAAUAUCUGUCUCAGCCCUUCCAUAAGGCACUUGAUGUUUUCUCUUAACACUGCUACAGGCCACAGGCUUACACUGCACUCCUGAACCCUGACAUCAACAACAACCACCUCAGAUACACAACACUUACUGUAGGCUAUUAUACAGUAUAUAUGACUUGCAGCUACAGUAAAAUUCUGUCUGUGGCACUUCACAUACCGAAACUCUGUGGUUACUGUGAGCAUGGGGCAAGUGGUGACAUGCCUGUCCAGACUCCAGACAGACACAGAGAGGAUAUUUUGGCUACUAGGCCCAGCCGCCACCCAUGCGAUGCAACGGUCACCGCAGUGAGCAGAAGAUGUUGUCAGUCUGGUGGAACUGUGUUGUUACAUGCUUCAGAAACCACAGGCAGGAGAAGCACCAGGUUGCAUGAAAGGAAAGCUCCAUUGGGAGGUUUCAGUGAGGCGGUGAUAGGGGUUAGACACACCACUAGUUGUGGAGACGUGAAAGACAGUCUCCCUUAAAGGUUACCCUGGUUACCCUGGUUACCCUGGUUACCCUGGGCCGUGUGUAGUCUGUAACAGGAUCACCUGUAUUUGACUAUUCUACUGAUCUACUAUUUCAGCUCAUGAAACAAGGGACCAACAUUUGACAUGUUGUGUUUAUAUUUGUGUUGGGUGUAUUUGCAAUUUCAUGUUUUUAAAGGAAAUACUCUUGAUUUGGACCCGUCUCUUUAAAUGUAAAAAAAAAAAUGUAUUGGAGGCUAGCUAGACGCAACCAAUCAUCAUUGUCUUGAGUACCUGUAGCUCACCUUUAGCAGCAGCGCCCAGAGAGAGAGAGAGGAGAAGCCAGGCCAAACAGCCACAGAGGCUUGUGACUUCAUCCUAUAAGAGGAUUAGAACGCCUGAUCAGCUAGAUCACUGUGAUCACACGGACCCCCUCAUCAUAACAUAACAUUGUGGAUUAUGUUUUGGAAUGUAGAAUGUCUGGCAUUGUUCUGACUGUAUGUUUCGUCACCAUGCUGUGACACACAGGAGGCUGGUGGCACCUUAAUUGGGGAGGACAGGCUCGUGUUAAUGACUUGAGCGGUAUCAGUGGAACGGUAUAAAAUACAUCAAACACAUGGUUUCCAUGGUUUCCAGGGGUUUGUGGCCAUUCCAUUUGCGCCGUUCUGGCCAUUAUUAUGAGCCGUCCUCCCCUCAGCAGCCUCGUGUGAUUUACAUCAAAAGAUCAAGGUCAGGUUGUUAAUUGUUGAUUUUUACAUGACAGAUUUGCUGCAUUCUUAGGAUAUAUUUUCCUAACACAGUGGGGUCAGACUGUUAAAACUAAGGAUAGGCCUACAUGAAUAAGAAUAAAUGCUACAGUAUUGGCUCCUCAACAGAAGAGGGUGCACCAUGCAAACCUGUUGAACAUCUGGAUCCCUGGUUGGAAUGUGGAGACUGCUGCCAACAUCAAAUAAAGGGCCAAUGAGCUUU